AUGAUAAAAAAAGAAAUUGAUAGUUCAAAAAGACAAUCACCAAAACCUCUUGUAUUACCACCAUAUAAAAAACAAUUAUCAUGUAUUGUUGAUCAUGAUCAUCAAACUAAAAUAAUUAACAUAUUUGCAGCUGGAGAAUAUUUUCUUCCACCUAUUCGGGUUAAUGUCUGUUUAAAAAAAUAUCGCUCAAUAGAUGUAUUAUUAGAUGAAAUUUCAACACGUAUUCCAACAUUACGCUUUGGGGCUAGAAAAUUAGUUACUGCUGAUGAUAAAAAAGAUAUAACAAAUAUUGAACAACUAGUAAAUGGAGGUAAAUAUUUGUGUUCUGACAAGAGAGAUAUCAAAAAAAUUCCUUCAUUUGAUUGGGAUUUAUAUGAAAAAAGAUUAAAAAGACAACAAAAUUUUAGAACUUAUUUCAGUCCAACAUUAUUUUUUGAUGAUAUGAAUAAAAAAUUAAAUAAAUUAAAAAUUUCAAGAACAUCAUCGGGUCUUGGAAAUCACAAAAUUACAAGAUCAUAUAGCAGUCUUGAUAAAAAAAAUUUUGCCAGAAAUAACAGAUAUUAUUUUAGUACACGCUUACCAACUAAAACACAAUUAACAAAAGAUUCAAUAAAUAAUCAUUCAUUAACAAAAUCAAAAUCUCCACAUAAAAGCAAAUUAGCAUUAAAUAAUAAUUUGAAUGACAAAGAUAUUUCAAAACAUAAUAAAGAUAAAAAUUUAGAUGAUGAAAAAAAUGUUGAAAAAAGAGAAAAUAUUAAUAAUGAAUGUAUUAAAAGUAUAAAUGGUAAAAGUGAUGGUUUAUUUAUUUUUAGAAGACAUGAUAAAAAUAAUAACAAAUCUCAAGUAAUUCAUCAACUGCAAACACCAUUAAUCUUUUAA